GCCCCUCUCCGCUUUGGCACCACCGAGGUGCCCCCUUCCCUCGCACCCCAUUCCCGUGGCUUCAAACAGGGGCGAAAACGGCCUCCCCGGAGCAGCAUCCUUCCCCGUGCCCUUUCCGGGCGGCUCCCGCUGGAUCCAGCGCGGGAGGGAGCCAUCGGCAAGCGCCUUCCCCCCGGCCCCGCGGCCAAAACCAACAGGCCCAGAGCCAAAGCAAACGCCGCCAUCGCCGGGGGCUGUUUUAGAGCGAUGAUGCCGGGGCAAAGGCGCCGCAGGGAUCCCCCACCGGGCGUUAUCCGCCAAAAUGCCUGGGAUCUCCGGGGCUUUGCGGCCGCGCUGCGGGGCCGGGGCGGUUUGGCAGCUUUGCAAGCAGCCGGGCGCUUUUCUCGCUUGCAAAAUCCCCCAGGUGAGCGAGCAACACCCCUGCGCUCCCGCUGCGAGCUCGCCGGGGCCGGGGCCGGGGCCAGGGGGCUGGAGGGGGACGGCGAGAGCUUCUACAUCAAGACCUCGACCACGGUGCGCACCACCGAGAUCACCUUCCGCAUCGGCGAGGAGUUCGAGGAGCAGACGGUGGACGGGAGGCCCUGCAAGAGCUGGGCCAAGUGGGAGAGCGCCAACAAGAUGGUCUGUGAGCAGCGGCUGCUCAGGGGCGACGGGCCGAAGACGGGCUGGUCCCGCGAGAUGACCAACGAUGGGGAGCUCAUCCUGACCAUGACGGCCGACGACGUCGUCUGCACCAGGGUCUACGUCCGCGAGUGA